GACAACGAAGCGCUCUACGAUAUUUGCUUCCGAACGUUGAAGCUGACGACGCCAACUUACGGCGAUCUGAAUCACUUGGUCUCUGCUGCUAUGAGUGGCGUGACCUGCUGCUUGCGCUUCCCCGGUCAGCUGAACUGCGACCUGCGCAAGAUCGCUGUGAACCUGGUGCCCUUCCCGCGCCUGCACUUCUUCAUGACCGGCUUUGCCCCGUUGACCUCCCGUGGAUCGCAGCAGUACCGGGCCCUGACAGUUCCUGAGUUGACCCAGCAGAUGUUCGACGCCAAAAACAUGAUGUGUGCCGCGGACCCCCGCCACGGACGCUAUCUGACUGCGGCAGCCCUCUUCCGCGGCCGGAUGUCCACGAAGGAG